GGGAUCAAAUACACGUCACUCGCACCAAAAGUUGGGCCAGCAUGCCUCACACAACGCACACAACGAGCAACAACCGCCUUGCACUCACCACCAUGGCCCUCCCCCUCCCCCCCACGGCUAUCGCCACUGCCUCAGCGGCGCCAGUGACCGUAUUUGCGAGCGGCGCAAGCCUGCACGCGUACCCCGCGGCCUCGUCGCCCGCCGAAGGCUCCACAUCCGGCCUCAUCCGCAAACUCGCACUGAGCGCCGACGGCGCCGUCGCCGUCAGCGCAGGCGACGACAAGACGCUGCGCGUGUGGGACGUCAAGGACGGGAAGAUUACGCUCCGCUCGACGCGCACGACGCUCAAACGCGUCGCGUGCCUUUCGCUCACCCCGGCCAACGACAUUCUCGUGACGGACAAAGUCGGCGAUGUGUUCUUAUACCCCCUCGAGCCACGGGCGGCGGGCGAGCGCGUGCAGGGCUUCAAGGAGCAGGCGGACCCGUCGCUGAACCCGGACGCGGACUUUUUGCUGGGCCAUGUGUCGACGGUGUCGCAGCAUGUCUUGACGCACGACGGGAAGCGCAUCAUCACGGCAGACAGGGACGAGCAUAUCCGCGUCAGCAGGUUUCCCAAGUCUUACGUGAUUGACAAGUACCUCUGGGGCAGCGAGGGCUUCGUCUCCGCGAUCCAUGUGCCCGAAUCCCACCCCAACCACCUAGUCGCGGGCGGCGGCGAGUCCACCCUCCUCCUCUUUGACUGGACGAGCGGCGCGCUCCUCCGCCGCAUCGACAUCCCCUCUGUGCUCGACUACCGUUGCGUCCGCCCGUCCGCGCGCAAGAUCAAGAACAAGAAGCGCGCAGACGCGCUCGCGGCCGCAGCGAAGAACGGGCCGGCGGCGAGCGACGACCCGCGCGACCCCGGCUUCUGCGUCCCCCCUCCGGGGAUGAUGUACCCCACCGGACAGAACGUGUGCAUCGAGCGCAUCGACAGCGUCGCGGUCGACGGGGAGACGGUUCUCGUGUUCUUCGCGGAGGGGUGCACGGCGCUGCAUGCCGUCCCGCUCGCGGGAGGGGUCGUGCACUCCUUCCCCGUUCCGCAUCCCGUGCUCGGCUUCGCGCGCGUGCCGGGCAGCGCGAGCCAGCUGCUGCUGGCGCUCGAUGCGACGUACAAGGGUUCGACGGGGUCGAUGUUCGCGGCGGUCGAGAUUGCUGCCGAUGGGCAGAUGCACGACGCGUCCGCGUCCAAUGCCGAGCUGAUGGCUGUGCUCGCCGCAGCCGUGCUUCCGACGGCGCCGGCCAAGGCUAUAGCCGGUUUGAACCUCUACCCCAACCUGGGGCUGUUUCCGCGCUGGCCCGGGUUCGAAGAGGACGAGGAGAUGGCGGGCCCCGAGGGCGCGGCGACGCCGCCGACGAGCGAGUUUGAGAGCAUGGCGCCGAAGCAGCUCGGGCGGCUCAAGUCGCAGGGCGUGGAUGUGAGCGCGUACCUGUCCAAAAAGCGCAGGAAAGGCAAGGACGGCGAGGCCAAGGCGGUGGGAGGUGAGGCGGGUGAGCAGAAGGAUGCGGGGGCGGAGGGGGCAGAGGCAUAG